CUUUUUAACUACUCCCAAUAUUAAAUAAAUUAUCGCUCUAUAAAUGUAUCCCUCGAUUUGCUCACACAGCCGUGUUCAGUGUGUUCCAAUUCAAGGCGGAUAGCUCUUCAUCUCUCAUAUUCUAAGCAGAGGUAGCAAUGACUAUGGAUCAGCCACACUACCCGUCCACUGCUCAGAAGGUGGCUGGGCAGCUUUUAAAAUCCACCCCUACUCAGCGUUUCGGGGCAUUUGAAGGUUGUCAGCCUCGGCCAUCUUUAUAUCAAUCACAAUAUAAAUAUGGUAACUACACAAAUGCUGCAUUGACAUAUCCUUAUCAAAUGAAUUACGACCUUUCUGUGGUCAAGUCUGCUGCCUCCCCAGUUUUUGCACAAGCCCCUGCAGAGAAAGGAUUUGCGGGCUUUGCUAUUGAUUUUCUCAUGGGUGGAGUCUCUGCUGCCGUAUCUAAAACAGCUGCUGCUCCUAUUGAGCGUGUGAAACUUUUGAUACAAAACCAGGAUGAGAUGCUUAAGACUGGUAGAUUGUCUAAACCAUAUGGAGGCAUCGGUGAAUGUUUCUCGAGAACAAUCAAAGAAGAAGGAUUUGGUUCUUUGUGGAGAGGGAACACUGCUAAUGUGAUCCGUUACUUCCCUACCCAGGCCUUGAAUUUUGCAUUCAAGGAUUACUUCAAGAGGCUUUUCAACUUUAAGAAAGAUAGGGAUGGUUACUGGAAAUGGUUUGCUGGGAACCUGGCUUCAGGUGGUGCAGCUGGUGCUUCUUCUCUCCUCUUUGUUUACUCUCUGGACUAUGCUCGUACUAGAUUAGCAAAUGACGCCAAGGCAGCAAAGAAGGGUGGAGAGAGGCAGUUCAAUGGCUUGAUUGAUGUCUACAGGAAGACUUUGGCGUCUGAUGGCGUUGCUGGACUGUAUCGUGGAUUCAACAUAUCAUGUGUCGGAAUCAUUGUUUACCGUGGUCUCUACUUUGGAAUGUACGAUUCUUUGAAGCCAGUUCUUCUCACUGGCACGCUGCAGGAUAGUUUCUUUGCUAGCUUUGCCCUGGGUUGGCUGAUCACAAACGGUGCUGGUCUUGCAUCGUACCCAAUUGAUACCGUUCGCAGACGUAUGAUGAUGACAUCUGGUGAAGCUGUAAAAUACAAAAGCUCAUUGGAUGCUUUCUCUCAGAUCUUGAAGAACGAGGGUGCCAAAUCUCUAUUCAAAGGUGCUGGAGCUAACAUUCUGAGGGCCAUUGCUGGUGCUGGUGUGCUCGCUGGCUACGAUAAGCUGCAGUUACUCGUCCUCGGAAAGAAAUACGGAUCCGGUGGCGCUUAAAAAUGCUCUGAUGAUGAUGAGGGCUUGGGUUUUUCACCGAUAACAAAUGGUUUAUACAAUUUUGAAUAAUAUGUUGAUGGGGCGUAUGUUUAUCCCCAAAACUGUGUUGCUUUUCAUUUAAUAUUGGAUUGUAGGCUGACAAAGCAGCUGAGGGCCUGAUUUUCGGAUUUAAUACUUGGUCUAGUGAAGUUUAAUGUAGACCUGUUGGCAGGUACAUUACUCAGUUACUCCCUAUUUACUGAGUUUCUUAUGAAUUUGUUUCCAAAUAAUACUACCUCACAUUUAGUUA